CGACUCAAAUUUUCGCGCUUGUGCGGUUGUGCGGAGCGGACGAGUUGGAAAAACCAGCGAGGUUUAUUAUUUUCAAAACUCGGAGUCCAAAUCGAAUAGUAAUAUCCCCCCACAUCGAAAUAUACGAUUCAUAACGCUCGCGAGUCGAAAGUGAAAUUCGUCGGCGCAACGGUAAAUCAAAGGCAGCGUGAUUUUUGUUUAAUGAAUGGAAUAGCAGCCAAAACACAAUUCCCGCUAAAUUAAUCAAAUUCAAUUGCAAAUAAUUGUAACCGCUUAAAGUUUUCUGAUCGUAAUAAUUAGCAUUUGCAAGUCUAUGCUAAAGUGUUUAACAGUUUAACAGCAAAUAACAGGAAAAUCGGUGAUUUGGUGUGCAAUAAGUUGAGAAAACCAGAAACCAAAACAGAUUUGGAGAUAACAGACGAAAGAAGGUACGAGUUAUAUGCGAAUUUUGGUCUGUCAUAAAGUUUCGAAAUCUUUAUGUUUGAUAAGAACAUAUUGUGAGAAACUAUUUGUCACGAGCUUAAGCAAUUUUAGACGUCUUAAGAAAUUGCGCAAGAGCAACCUUUUUUGUUUUGGACAAGUUGGCCCCCAACAACCAAAACAAAUGCAAAUGUGCGCCCCAAAGACAUAUUACCCCGAAAGUUAUCAAUAAUUGUUUGCCGGAAGAGGAGAUACAACUCAGCCAUUUAAGCACCGGGCUCAGGGUGACAGCAACAAUUCUGUGUGGACACGUUUCUCUUUUGGAUAAAAUCGACAGCACAGCGAAGUCGGCAUAAUGUUGGAUCGAUGCGAAAUGCCGAUCCAGCUGGACAACGAGAAGCUGCGACGGGAUGUUCGUUUGACGGGCUCCCGACGGGAUUUGCCACAGCUUUGCAAUGGAUCGCGACGCCUGGAUGGACUAAACAACCACCUGGCUGCCAGCGAGCCAUCUGUUACGACCACAUCCCUGAAUGGAAAUGGCAAUAGCAAUAGUAACAGCAAUGGCAACAACAACAUCGGAUCUCCCGUCUCGUCAUCGACAACAAAUAGUAGUAAUGGUGGCAACGAGCGCGGCUCCUCCACAAAAUCAAACAGCAGCAGUGGCAGCGGAAGCUCGGGAAACUCGGCCAGCAGCACAGGAAGUGCCGAGCUCAAAUGCAAUACGCCCAUGACGCCAUCUGAGCUUGUAAAGAAAUUUCGGAAUUACCUAACUGAUCUGGAGUUCGAGGAACUUAAGGUUUACAAGGAAGUCUGGUAUUUUGGCCAGCAUGCCAGCAAGAAUUACAACAAACCCGCCCCCACAGCCAAUACCACAAAUCUGGGCUAUGACGAUGAUAAUGGAAACUACAAGAUCAUCGAACACGACCACAUAGCCUUCCGCUACGAGAUUCUGGAGGUGAUUGGCAAAGGCAGUUUCGGCCAGGUCAUCAGAGCCCUGGACCACAAGACCAACACACACGUGGCCAUCAAGAUCAUAAGGAACAAGAAGCGCUUCCUCAAUCAGGCCGUCGUGGAACUCAAUAUCCUCGAUGAGCUGCGCGAAAAGGAUGCGGAUGGAUCUCACAAUGUCAUACACAUGCUCGACUACACAUACUUCCGCAAACAUUUGUGCAUUACCUUCGAGCUGAUGAGCUUGAACCUGUACGAAUUGAUAAAGAAGAACAACUACAAUGGAUUCAGCAUGAGUCUCAUACGACGCUUCUGCAACUCGAUUGUGAAGUGCCUGCGUUUGCUCUACAAAGAAAACAUUAUUCACUGUGAUCUCAAGCCGGAAAACAUCUUGCUCAAACAGCGUGGCAGCAGCUCCAUUAAAGUCAUCGACUUUGGCAGCUCGUGCUACGUGGAUCGCAAAAUCUAUACGUAUAUCCAAUCGAGGUUCUACCGCUCCCCGGAGGUGAUUCUCGGCCUGCAAUACGGCACCGCCAUCGAUAUGUGGAGCCUGGGCUGCAUUCUGGCCGAGUUGUACACGGGUUUCCCCCUCUUCCCGGGCGAAAAUGAGGUGGAGCAGCUGGCCUGCAUCAUGGAGGUGCUGGGACUGCCGCCCAAGGUGCUUAUCUCGGUGGCCAGGAGGCGUCGCCUCUUCUUCGAUUCCCGCGAUGCCCCGCGCUGCAUAACGAACACCAAGGGAAGGAAAAGGACUCCGGGUAGCAAGUCGUUGGCACAGAUUCUGCACUGCCAGGACCGCUACUUCAUCGACUUCCUGCAGCGCUGUUUGGAAUGGGAUCCCGCGGAGCGGAUGACGCCGGACGAGGCGGCCCACCACGAGUUUCUGCAGCCCUCCGCCUCGAGUCGCCAUCGCAGCUGCCGCAUGUCGAGCAGCUCGUCCAGCUCGGGGUUGAAUAGUGUUUCCCAGAAGUCUUCCUGCUACAGCUUUUCGGAGAUCUCGCCGGGCACCAACGGGCCCGUGGUGGCCUCGAUAACCAGCACCACGGCGGUGCACAAUGCGGCGAUUGCCACCACCACGAAGUCGAGACAACAGCCGGCGGUGGUGCAGAGCCACGGACACGCCCAGUCCAAUGGACACCUGCCGGACAUCAAGUUGAGUGCCAGCGACAAGUACAACAGCAUGCAGAAGGUGGCGGUGCGCUCCAAGAUCACCUCGAGCGUCUCGGACUUGGAAUCGGUGCAGCAGUACUCGCUGCAUCGCAUCUACGGCGGAGUGGGCAGUGGCAGCACCCAUCACGUUUCCUCGGCGGCCACCAGGAAGCAUCUGACUGGCACCGGGAAUGGAGUGGUGGGUGCCAUGGCCUCGAAGUAUGGCAGCUCCACGCUGGCCCACAACCACCACAAUGUGACGCACCACAAUGCGUCGACGGCGACGAUUGCCACGACCACGCACCACCACCACCACCAUGGAGCAGGUGGCCAGCAGCAGCAGCAAUCUGGUUCUGGAACAGGAAACAUGGCCAUGUCGCACUCGCAGUCCACUGGCGAUGUCUCCGAUAGGGCCAUCUUCGGGCGGGCUUGACUCCGGGCAAGGCCCACCAAGCUGGAGCUGAAGAAGUGCAAGCUGGUCAACAUGAUGGACUUCUGGAGCUAGAAGUGGCGUCCACAGCACUGCGCUGAUGUCAAGGAGCGGGAGGAGGAGCUGGAGGAGCAGCAGAAGCAGGAGCAGCAGCAGCAACAGAAGAAAUAGAACCUCCUCCUUCUCCCAAGCACCUAGUUGUAGUUAUUGAUAUGUGUAAGCUAUAUAGGAACUAUAGAAGUGUGUGCGUGUGUAUGUGUGUGAUGUGUAAUGGAAUGUGAGCGCAUUGCUGUUGUACUCCCACUUCCCCGCCCACUCGAAAUAGUUGCAUCCAGCUGACAAAAAAAAAAAGGGGGAGUCGUCCUUUCUUGCAGCACUUUGCAGUAUUCUCAGUUUCCCUGAACCACGACCCGUAUUUUAUUAUUUCGCUACUGCCAUAGCUAAAGGUAUUCGCAAUCGUAUUCACACCCACAAACCCUCCCCGAAAAGUAUUCUCCCUCCCUCCAAAAUACCAAACUACCAAGGUGUUGCAAGUCAUCCUUUCGCACUGUAUUCAACAUGAACAAAACCCUUCUGAAAUAAAUAAAAAUAAAAUAAAGAAAGAAAAAAGAAAAGAUACUAAACAGAAGCCAGCUCAAAGGAACAAGAUAACCUAGAUAUAGUUUAUUAGAUAUGGCAUAUACUAAACAUAGUUGUAGACGACAUUUGUAACGAUUCACCCAACGCAUCCCACUCGCCCGAACUCAAAGAUACAUACAUAUUUAUAGGGUUACGACUCAAACAAAAUCUGUAACAAUUUCAUACAGCUUCCAUGUCUUUUGCAACAGUAUCAAGGCUGUUAUUAGUUACAUAUGCGAAACCGAGAUGUAUCUAUAUAUCUUAACUGUAAUUGUAUUCGUAGUUUAAGAACCUGAAGGUUCGAUGGCCAACAUCAUACAUCACACUGAAGCAAAUCAGCUCCUUAGUCUACCAAUGCAAGAUAUGUUUGUAUUUCGAAUGGAAAUAAAUGAAUUAUCACACAUCAGCCCUAUCCACGCGGAAUACAUGUCAUAAUUUAAUGAAAACACAUAUAUUUAACGAACUAUAAAGCUAUUAAAAACAAAAACUAGACGGAUAGAGAAACAAAAUAUGGCCAAUAUCACAACCGAAUAAUAAACACCAACCCAAUAUACAAUAAUUGUAGUGCGCCACGUCUAUGUAAACCGUAUUAGUGGAGGCAAAAGCAAAACAAAUUAAUAAUGUUUUAUUCAAAUUAAUGUUUGUGUAUUGAAAAAAAGAAGAAACAAGACGACGGAACUUGAGCUGGGUAAAAAUGCUUACCGAAUCCAGACUGUAAUUUGAACGAAGUUUGUAACCUGUAAUAAUGUAAGUUUAGAUAACACUGUACACAAAUUGCAAUUUUUGCUCAUGACUUUUGGAUAUAUAUCACAUAGGACUACAAUACCUAAGCAUACAUAUAUAUACACAGCUGCGAUCCUUUGGAGCUUGUUUCGUAUUAUUUAUAAAUGUUUUCUCUGCCACUCGUCGUAAUUAUCUCUGAUACUUUCAUUAUGUGUUUUAUUAUAAAUUUUGACAAAACAAAAACAAAUCCAAUUGCAAAACUUGUUUUACAAAGUGUGUUCGAAUUUAACGUUUAGUAUUAAUUAAAAGAAAAAACAAUGAUAAACUUAUAAUUAUAAAAAUAUACGUACAGAUAUAUCAAUUUUAAAUUAAUGAUGCAUAUUAAUUGUAUAGAUCGAGAAAAACAACAUGUAAUCAAUUACAAUUACAAGAAUUACAACAAAAAAAUAAAUGAAAAACUAUGUACUCAAAA